CCGAUGCUGCGUUAACGGCCGCGAUUUGGGUUUUCCAGGCACGAUGACCGAGCAGCAGAGUCCCCCCGAGCAGAUGGUGACUGGGGAGGGCGCUGGUGAGCGCGGUGGCAAUUAUAAGAUCACCAUCUAUGAGCUGGAGAACUUCCAGGGCCGCAAGUGUGAGUUGAGCGAGGAGCUCCCCAACGUGGUCGAGAAAGCUCUGGAGAAGGUGGGCUCCAUCCAGGUGGAGUCCGGCCCGUGGCUGGGCUUUGAGCGGCAGGCCUUUGCUGGGGAGCAGUUUGUGCUGGAGAAGGGUGACUACCCGCGCUGGGACUCCUGGUCCAACAGCCACAACAGCGACAGCCUCAUGUCCCUCCGCCCCCUCCAGAUCGACAGCCCUGACCACAAGAUCCACCUCUUUGAGAAUGCCGGCUACACCGGGCGCAAGAUGGAGAUCGUGGAUGACGACGUGCCCAGCCUGUGGGCCCACGGCUUCCAGGACCGCGUGGCCAGCGUCCGGGCCCUGAACGGAACGUGGGUGGGCUAUGAGUACCCGGGGUACCGGGGCCGCCAGCACGUCUUUGAGAAGGGCGAGUACCGGCACUGGAACGAGUGGGAUGCCAACCAGCCCCUGAUGCAGUCGGUGCGCCGUGUGCGGGACCAGCAGUGGCACCAGCGUGGCUGCUUCGAGAACAGCUGAGCGUCGUGCCGGCCCUGCGAUGGGCGGUGGCGAUGCUACUGCCGGUGCCAUCAGUUUGGUGUUCUUUGUGCAAAAACCUCAAUAAAGCUCUGAGCUGAG